AUGGGUGCCCUCUACUACGCUUUCCACCCAAACCAAUUGCGGUCCAUCAUCCAAUGGAAGAUGUGGCACGAUCCCGUUCACAGGCGAACGCCCGAGAAGGAGAGCCCCGAACUGCGAAAGUGCUUCGAGCUGCUCGACUUGACGAGCCGUAGCUUUUCGUCCGUCAUUCAGGAGCUCAACCCGGAGCUCCUCGUCCCUGUCUGCCUGUUCUAUCUCUGCCUCCGCGGUCUCGACACGAUUGAGGAUGACAUGACGCUCUCUGUCGAGAAGAAGGUGCCGCUUCUGAGGAAAUUCGAUGAGUGCAUGGAGACGGAUGGCUGGACGUUCACCGAGAGCGGCCCCAACGAAAAGGACCGCGAGCUCCUGGUCCACUUCGAUGUCGUGAUCACCGAGCUCAAGAAGCUCAAGCCCGUCUACUACGAUGUCAUCAAGGACAUCACCAUCAAGAUGGGCAACGGCAUGGCCGACUACAUCAACGCCCCCUUCGGCGUCGAGAAGAUCACCGAGUACGAGCUGUACUGCCACUACGUUGCCGGUCUUGUUGGCGAGGGCCUCACCAAGCUCUUCGUCCGGGGCAACCUUGCAAACCCCCGCCUCGAGGAGAGGCCGGAGCUGACCGAGUCGAUGGGUCAGUUUCUGCAGAAGACCAACAUCAUCCGUGAUGUCCACGAAGACUUCGAGGACAACCGCAGCUUCUGGCCCAAGGAGAUCUGGAGCAAGCACGUCGACACGUGGGAGGAUCUCUUCAAGCCCGAGAACCGCGAAAAGGCAAUGCAGUGCAGCUCCGAGAUGGUUCUCAAUGCGCUCAAGCACGCCGAGGACUGCCUGUUCUACAUGGCCGGCAUGCGCGACCAGAGCUGCUUCAACUUUGUCGCCAUUCCCCAGAGCAUGGCCAUUGCCAGUCUCGAGCUUGUCUUCCGCAACCCCCGCCUCUUCGACAGCCACCUCAAGAUCUCCAAGGGUGAUGCUUGCCAGCUCAUGAUUGAGUCGACGCAGAACCUGUUUGUCGUGUGCGACAUCUUCAAGCGUUACGUCCGGAGGAUACACAAGAAGAACGACCCCCGCGACCCCAACUAUGUCCCCAUCAGUGUGCAGUGCGCCAAGAUCGAGCAGUUCAUCGACACUCUGUACCCGAGGCAAGACCCUGACAAGCUCAACGUGGAGCAGAAGAAGAAGGACGCCAAGGAUCCCAGCAUGGACCCUGGCGAGGCAGCCGUUCUUCUCGGCAUCACGCUGCUGACGCUCCUCUUUGUCUCUGGUCUCAUGAUUGGCACGGCGUGGUUCUUCGGCGCACGCUUCGAUGGUCUCUGGUCUGGACUCUUCGGCUCGUCACAAAACGAGACGUACAGCUGGCCUACCGGCGGCGAGGCCGUUCCCUCGGCAGUGCCUUCGAUCGAGCAUCCCGAGCUGUAA